UAGUCACGGGCAGCUUCACACUCGCCGGCCCCCCUCUCUCGCUCUGUCUGACGGCUCCGCAUUUCGUUACAGUGCUUUUGUCGCAUUCUUCCUUUCACACCAAAUUCGAGACCUUAUUUCACUACGCGAUCAAAAGAUGAGCAUGCCCGUUGCAGUGUCAUCUGCCUUUUUCGCCUCCUGUCUCGUGGAGUAGACGCGGAGCAGGGGAGAGGGAGACAAGGCGCUCUCUUCUCUCACCAUCAUCACUUGCCCUCCCAUCUCACACGGGCAGUGAUUCCGAACCGACAGUGAAGGACCGAGUUAAUUAAACGAGUGUUUGUUUAACCUCGUUCGCGCAUAAACAAAACAGGCGCAUCCUGCCACUGACGCCGGGACCAGCUUGACAGCAGUGGAAAAGAAGGGGACAUCUCAAGUUUUUUCUCCCCCCUUGGCGCUGCUGUCGUGGAAAUUAUUUCCGAACAGGCUUCGUGGUCUCCUUGAAAUUGUUCUAGCUAAUAAAUCUGCGAGCCCUGGAUUAUGGAUGUGGAAUCGGUGGAGAAGGAGUGUGGGGCGCUUGGUGGGCUUUUCCAGGCGAUUGUCAAUGACAUGAAGUGUUCCUAUCCAGUAUGGGAGGACUUCAGUGCCAAGGCCACCAAGCUGCACUCACAGCUCCGCACCACAGUCCUGGCGGCAGUAGCCUUCCUGGACGCCUUUCAGAAGGUGGCAGACAUGGCGACCAACACCAGAGGAGCCACCCGGGACAUCGGAUCAGCGCUCACCAGGAUGUGCAUGAGGCAUCGCAGCAUCGAGGCCAAACUGCGCCACUUCACUAAUGCUCUGAUGGAGAGCCUGAUCACACCCCUCCAGGACCGCAUAGAGGACUGGAAGAAGACAGCCAACCAGCUGGACAAGGACCAUGCCAAAGAGUACAAGCGCUCUCGUCACGAGAUCAAGAAAAAGUCCUCUGACACCAUGAAACUGCAGAAGAAGGCCCGCAAAGGCCGGGGAGACCUGCAGCCCCAGCUGGACAGUGCGAUGCAGGACGUGAACGACAUGUACCUGCUGAUGGAGGAGACGGAGAAGCAGGCGGUGCGGCGCGCCCUGGUGGAGGAGCGGGGGCGCUUCUGCACCUUCAUCGGCUUCCUGCAGCCUGUGGUGAAUGGGGAGAUUGCCAUGCUGGGGGAGAUCACUCACCUCCAGGCCAUUAUUGAUGACCUCACUGUGCUGACCACUGACCCACACAAACUGCCUCCUGCCAGUGAGCAGGUAAUUAAGGACCUGAAGGGCUCGGACUACAGCUGGAGCUACCAGACCCCUCCCUCCUCCCCCAGCAGCUCUGGGUCCCGGAAGAGCAGCAUGUGCAGCAGUGUGAACAGCGCCCACAGUAGUGCCUCUCGCUCGUCCGGAGGCUCGCAGACUCACUCACCCAGUUCGUCCUGUCGCUACCGCAGCCUUGCGCAGCCGCCACCAGGGGGAGUGGCAGCCCACCGCCUCAGCAGCGUCUCCUCGCACGACUCCGGCUUCAUCUCGCAGGACGCCAACGUCUACUCCAAGCCCCCCUCUCCCAUGCCCUCUGACAUCACUAGCCAAAAGUCUUCUAGCUCUGCAUCUUCAGAGGCCUCAGAGACAUGUCAGUCAGUGAGUGAGUGCAGCUCACCCACAACGUUUGGCUCGUCCUUCGCUACCUUCCGCCCUGCUCUCUCUCACACUGGCUCCAUCAGGCCUUUCUCUGUCAUAAUUCCUGCGUCCUCCUCCCCACCCCACUAUAACUACUCCCCCGGAUCCAACACCUCCUCUCCCACAUCAAAGGUCCCUUGCUGGAAGGAUUGGUCCAAACAGGGGGGCUGUGAGCCGCCUUUAGCCACCACACUGCAGCGGAGGAGGGAGCAGGGGGACAGGCAGGGCGGGGUGGCCGAGGCGGCCAUGCCCCCCCCUGGACCCCCGGCCUACGCUCCGCCCAUGCACCCCACACAUCCCACACACCCAGAGGACCCCCAGAGACCACGGAUGGCGGCGGUUGGCAUGGCAGGAAAGUGUGUCCUGUUGGCACGGCAGCCGCAGCAUGGUGAGGAGGUGUCUCCUGCCGCCAGUGACCUGGCCAUGGUGCUGACACGCGGCCUCAGCAUGGAGGCUCAGAAGAGCAGCCGCGACUCCCUGCAGUACUCCAGCGGAUACAGCACCCAGACCACCACCCCAUCCUGCUCAGAGGACACCAUCCCCUCCCAAGGGUCAGACUACGACUGCUACUCCGUGAACGGCGACACAGAGGCAGAUGGCCAGGCCGACUUUGACAAGUCCUCCACCAUCCCGCGACACAGCAACAUCGCCCAGAACUACCGUCGCAUGAUCCAGACCAAGAGGCCAGCCAGCACGGCCGGCCUGCCCACCGGAGUGGCCGGUCCGUCGGGCGGAGGAGGAGGAGGCGGCGGCGGUGGGGGUGGUGGUAGUGGGACUCCAGGCACCGCCACCAUCCGCCGCACGCCCUCCACCAAACCCGGGGUGCGUCGUGCCCUCUCCAGCGCGGGUCCCAUCCCCAUCCGACCACCCAUCGUCCCCGUGAAGACCCCCACCGUGCCGGACUCGCCCGGAGGCUACCCGGGCCCCCCUGCCCGCGUCGGCAGCGAAGAGUGCGUGUUCUUCGCGGGCGAGGACGGCACGUCCGGGGCGCUGGAGUACGUCAAGGCAUCGCCCAAGCGCCUAAGCCUACCCAACACGGCCUGGGCCAGCGGAAGCGGCAUCGAGAUGAGCAUCUACGCGCAGGGUGGCGCUGGCGGCGCCAUUGGGCACGACGAGGACCAACUACAACUGGCCGCCAACCGCCACAGCCUGGUGGAGAAGAUCGGCGAGCUGGUGGCGAGCGCCCACGCCCUGGGGGAGGGCCAGUUCCCCUUCCCCUCGCUGCCCGACGACCCCCCGCCGCACCACCAUGGCGGCCCCACCGCCGCCACCGGCCAGCACCAGUCCCGGUCACGCGGGGGCGAGGACAUGCUGGUCACCAUACGCCGCGGCGUCCGGCUCCGCAAGACCGUCUCCAACGACAGGUCCGCGCCCAGGAUCUUGUGAUGGGCUUUCAUCCUGAACAGGGGGGGUGGGGGAAUGAAGGAAGGAAAGAAUGAGGAGAGAAGGAAAGGAAGAAAAUGGGGGUGGAAAUGUUGAAGGAAAAUGUACGACGAAAGUGUUUCUUUCCCCCACACCAACCCCCCCCCUGCACCCCUCUCCUCGAAUUAUGCUGUGACUCUUUAGAGAAUGACGAAUGAAAAAAAGAGGCUUAAAAAUAACAAUUUAAAAAAAGAGCUGUUAGAGUAAAUAAAUGAUAAUGAUAAAAAAACAAUGUAAUGAUGAUAAUUAAUGACGUAAAAAUUAUGGCGUGCGUACAUUUGAGAGUUGAGCCUCUGUAAUGUUUAGUAGCGUGUCCGGACGCAUGUUUGUGUAAUUAACACCGUCACCACUAGAGGGAGUCUCGGGCUGGAGCCAGAUGAUGCCAGGAUCUGUUGAGAGAUUUGAGGGACCUGCUCUUCCUGCCAAACAAACCUCCUGGAGUCACAGACACACACACAC